GUGCCAGCUACCCUACCCCAUUUCAACUCCCGGAUCGAAGCACGGGUCGGUAAAAGGGCGGGGGCCCGAAGCGGCACGCCCUGGCACGGUGGCACGGAGACCAGUGGCCGAGUUGGCGGCAGCAGGUGAGACCGUGAGAGCGAGGAGGAGGGAUGAGCAGCAGCCUCGCCAUAGUGGAGAAGCGGCCGUCGCCAUUCCCCGGCGGCGGCUGCGCGGGCGGCGUGCUCUUCCACCUCCUCGACUGGCACCGCCGCCUCGCGCGCAAGCGCAGGCUCUUCUCCCCGCGCCGCCUCCUCCCCUGCUCGCUCCGCUCCUCCCCGCGCAGGCUCCCGUGCCCGGGGCCUCCGCCCGCCCCGCCGCCGCCCGCGUCGCCGCACCAGGCCGCCGGCGCGGCCGAUGGGGCCGCCCCGGGCGUCGUCGCGCGCCUCAUGGGCCUCGAGUCCUGGCCCGCCGCCGCGGCGGCCCCGAGGCCGCAGAAGCAGAGGAAGGUGGAGGCGUCGCGCCCGGACGGCGACGACUCCGCGGUGGUGCUGGUGCUGCCUACGCCUACUAGCCGGAGCCUGCGCCCGCCCGCGCCUGCGCCUGCGCCCGCGCAGACGACGGCGAGGAGCCACCACGGGGCCGACCUGCCGGCGCGGGCCCGGAUCGUGCACGCGGCGGCGGCGAAGCUGUUGGAGCAGGGCGCGCGCGCCAGCUCGCGGGCGAGCGCCAGGAUGGCCCUCGCGUACGCCUGCUCUUCCCCGCAGCACCGCAGGGAAGGCCACUCCGGCGCCUUGCUUCAAGGCUCGGACGUGGGCGACGACUUCCUGUCUAGCUCUGAGAGCCUGUUGACGCCUUCUACCUCUACACGGGUACAGGUGCAGCCUCCUGUUCUCCCGGCGGAGACAGGUUGUGACAGCGCUGCUGUCUUGCGUAGGCACGAGCAGCGCUCCAUAGACAAUAAUGCUGCCAAUGUGGAAAUCAGUACCAGUACAGUAGUGUUGCCAAGAAUGGAUUUUGCUGAUGCAAACAUCAGCAAGCGCAGCUUUGCUAUGGAUGCCAAGCACAAGGAGAGUAAAGUAAGAAAUGAGGUAGUACGCACUUGUGCCAGGGUUAGAUCGAGUGCUGCUGCCGUUCAAACUGGAGCUGAGAGGUUGCGCAAACGAGCAACACCCACUCGGCCGGAUGUUUCAGGUGGUGCCAACUCUGGAAGCUUGGCAGAAUCGAUGCGCCAAGUUGGGUGUGCUCGUGAAUUGGUAUCUGCUGGUAGGAGAGUACCACAAAGUGGUUCUGGUCCAAGAAGAGAGCACAUGGGUUCGAUCACCAAACAAGGGAACACCACCCGCAGAGAUGGGAUCAACCGAAGUGGAUUAGCAUCCACAAGCAGGAUUUCAAGCAGUGGAUCAGGGCCAAAAAGGGGAUCACGGAAGGUGGGGCGUGAUACAGUAGCCAGUAACAGGGAUGGCAGAAAUGCAGUUGCAUUUACUUCUAGAUCAUCCACAAAACCAGUGGCCAGAGCUUCGCCGCGCAUCAAUGAGUUGAAGAGUGGGUGCCCAAGUAGACUAGCACACGAUACAACUCAUGUUCAAAUGCCGACUCCAGAUACCAAAUAUGUGGAAGCCUCACCUUCUGUUAUGGCUACUUCUGAGAAAGAUGAAUUUAGCAGGCUGUUGAAAGCAAAAAUGAAUGAGCUUGGCUUGUCUGACAGGAAUGAGUUUACAUCAAGUGACGACCCUUCAGAGAAAUUGACGGCAACUAUGCUGCAAGAGCUCAUUUCCGCACUUACUAGUGACAUGAACACUUCAAUCUCCAAAAGUAGCAACUACUCAGAUGCAUCAAUACCCUUAAGAUGCAAUGGAGGCAGUGGAAAUAUUGACUGCAUCGAUCGAUCAUGUUAUAUAUUCUCCAAUGAUCAAUCACCUGAUUUCCAGAAGUGUUAUCAGAAUGAACAAGAUGUUGAUUCUUCUGCUACAUCAGUGAACAAUGAGCCCAACCAGCCAAGUCCAACAUCAGUCCUUGAAGCAUCCUUCUCCAAUGAUGCUUCUUCUUUAGGAAGUCCAGUUGAAAAGAAUGAGGGUAAAGACUUAUUUGUGUCAACUGAGAACAAGAUGGAAGACCUGUUUAAUUUGGAGUCUGACAUCAUCAAUUUAGCAAUGUCAAUUGAUACAAGGAAAACUGAUGCUUUCUUCUCGAACACAAGGAAAACUGAUGCUGAAGAAACUCUUAAUGACAACGACAAGUUAUCAUGUUCACAGAAUUUUCUUGCACCUGAUUCUAAAUUCUUAAAGUCCAGGCUCCGCAUCAUCGGAGAAGCAGCUAUUUCAAAUGCCGAACUGCUUUUGGGCAGUAGCAUCCAUCCUUUCAUCAUUGAGAUGCUGGAAAAUGCUAUGGAUAUGUAUGAUGGAGGAGAGUAUUCUGAUCUUGCUGAAGAUAAGAAAUAUCAACAUACCAACUUCCUGUUUGACUGCAUUGUUGAAUCAUUGGAUUCAAAAUUCUGCAAUUUUGGUAAAUGUGGGUACAAGGCUUGGCUGAGAUUGCCGAGCAGUUUGAGCAAAGAUCUGUUGAAGUGCCAAGUAUUGGAAGAUAUCGGCAAUUGGAGGGAAUCAAGUGGGACUGCUCUUAGACAAGUUUCUGACAAAGAAGUGGACCAAGUGACUGCCAGGUGGGAUGCAAGUCUGGUUGAAGCAUUUGACAUCAGCAUUGCCAUCGAGAAUGACAUUCUUGAGGCGCUUGUUGGUGAGUUUGCACUCGACCUAUGGUGAAACAACCUAUUGACAGCUUUAUGUGAGAUAUUGACAUGUUUGGACUUCCGCUCGCAUGAUUAUGGAUAAUAAAGAUACUGCGGAUUUGUUUGUAA